AUGGCUCUAACACUCAACAGCACGAAGCUGGAGGCCCUUCAGCAGCUGUUGCUCCAGCGCGCCGCGAUCGCCCGCUCCCUGUCCAAGUUCAGCGUGAUGCUGCUCGUCUCCUCCGUCUUUGUCUACGUCAACUCUGUUAUGUUCGUCGCCCUGCUCAGCAAGCCUGUGUUCCGUGAGACGCCGCGCUAUAUUCUCUUCACCCACAUGCUCUGCAAUGACUCCAUCAUGAUCGUGUUCACCGUCCUCAUCAGCGUCGUCUCGUACGGCCACCGGCGCCCUACCAAGGCCACGUGCUCCUUAGUCAUGAUCCUCACCACCUCCACCGCCACCAAUGCUCCUCUCAACCUGGGCGUCAUGUCUCUGGAGCGCUACACUGCCAUCUGCUUUCCCCUGCGCCAUAGUCAACUCGCCACCACCAGGAGAACAUACGUGGCCAUCGUUGGCAUUUGGUUCUUUGGACUGCUGAACCCAGUGGCUGACUCGGUGUACAGCUCCAUCGUCGACCCCGAGUUUUUCCUCCAACGGGUCAAGUGUGGGCACGAGCGCAUGUUUAGGACUGCACCUUGGCAGACGUCGCUCUCCCACUCUGUCAGCGGCCUGUAUUACGUGACCGUGACUCUUGUUAUCCUCUUCAGCUAUAUCAAUGUUGUGCGUGUGGCUCGGUCGGCGUCCAGCAAUGACAAGUCCACUGGCAAAGCACACCGGACUCUGCUGCUGCACCUGGUCCAGCUGGUCCUGUGUCUGAACACGCUACUGUACAGCCACACCAUCAGCUUCAUGGCAGCGUUCCUGAGCCAGGAGGUGUAUAGUGACGUGCGCUACGGCAUCUACCUGCUCGCUAUACUCCUGCCCAGGUGUCUGAGCCCCCUCAUCUACGGCAUGAGAGACGAGGCCGUACGCCAUUUGUUCGUGCAGUUUCUCAAAUGCACUCUUUCAAGGGUCAAGCCAAUAGUUUGA